AACUGUCAAACGUUGAUUGCGCUAUUAUAACGAGUGAAACAUAAACAACACAUUAACAUUAUUUGAGAAUUUACGAUUUUUCCGCUGUGUCCUGUAGGAUUUAGUUAAAAAGUGAUACUAAAGCAUUUUUGCAAACAUGUCAGCUGCGUUCAGAUUGGCAAAGAAAAAAUAUACGCAGCAAGAUCUGCGGCGGAUUAUGAAUGAAACUAAAGCUGGUUCUGGAAAACAGACGGAUACUACGACUAAAAAGAUCGAUUCUCCACUGGCUAAGUACAACGAGGCCGGUCAACUCACUUGUGUUUUGUGUCGAUCGAUUGUCCGCUCGGAAGCUGUGUGGAAGGUUCACAUCAACUCAAAACAACACAAGGAAAACAUCGAGGAAGCCAAGAAACUGAAAAAUAAAACGGCACAAUCUGCAUCUGCUGCUGCCCAGUUAAAAUCACAACCAACUCCAGGAUCAACUCCACCACCACCUGGUGCCUUCAAGCGACCAUCAUCACCUUCAGUCUCCCAGAUAAAUGCCAACAGUAGCAAGAAGCUGAAAGGAAUUCUGAAACAUUCGACCAAUGAGCCGAAACAUCCCGAUGCUGGCGUUCUUCCUGAGGAUUUUUUCGAAUCAGGUGCACCCAUCAGAAAAGAUCUAGUCAACAUUCGACUGCCGAGCGGCAGUAGGCUGAAAGAGGAAACUAAAGAAACGGAAGCAGUCCCGGUAGAGCCCCCGCUGGAAGAUGAAAAGAUCCCGGAGGGUUUCUUCGAUGAUCCGAAGGCGGACGCGAAGGCGAGGAACAUCGAGUACAAGGAUCCUAACGAUGAGGAGUGGGAUCGCUUCCAGAAGGAAAUCAAGGAAGCAACGACCGAAUCGAUGGCUAUCAUCAGUGAGGAGCAGGAGGAAUCUACGGUUGAGCGCCAGAUAAGCGAAAUCGAUGAACAGAUUCGGAACUGGUCACGGGUGCUGAGUUUGGAGAAGAAGAAGGAUGAGGUAAGACACAGGACGGCGACGGCACUGGAAGCCGGCGAAAGGAUGGUCAAUGUGAAGAAGGAGAAACGCGAGCGUGACAGUGAGGAUGAAGAUGAUGACGGGGAUUUUGACGAGUUUCCGGACUGGAGAGCGAAAAAGUCGUUCAAAUGAUUGUCGUUAACGUUUAUCAGUAUAUAUGAGGUUGUAAUUAUAUAAGAAUAAAACUGUUGCAUAGAAAGGUUAGAA